UAUGUAUGUAUGUAUACGAGCCUGCGGUGAAAUGUCUCUUUCGGGAUAGCUAUGUAUUUUCUUCUAUGAAAUCAAUCGAAUCUUUAGUUUACCAAAAAUAUGCGUAUGUUUGUUCCGAAAACGGCAUGUGUAUCAUUUAAUUAAUGAACAACAAAUUUGAUCUUUUACAGUUUUCCAAUUUCUAUUCCCCUAACCUAUAUAUGAUAUAAGCAAACUGUAUUUGUUAUAUUGUUGUUUAAUUAACCAUGGGGAAAACAUCAAAGGAUAAACGAGAUAUAUAUUAUCGUCGAGCGAAAGAAGAAGGUUGGAGGGCAAGGAGUGCAUUUAAAUUGCUUCAAAUAGACGAUGAAUGUCGUAUCUUUGACGGGGUAAACAAAGCAGUAGAUCUAUGCGCAGCACCUGGUAGCUGGAGUCAGGUUUUGUCACGCAGGUUAAAUGAAAACUAUAAAAAGGUUUCAAAGAGUGAAAACGCUAAACCUCCAAAAAUAGUUGCUGUUGAUUUGCAAGCUAUGGCACCGUUAGAAGGAGUUAUACAAAUUCAAGGGGAUAUUACCAACACUAAUACAGCGGAGCAAAUUAUUGCUCAUUUCAACAACGAGCAGGCUGAUUUGGUAGUUUGCGACGGUGCACCCGAUGUAACGGGGCUCCACGAUAUGGAUAUUUACAUUCAAUCGCAACUGUUAUUAGCCGCUUUAAACAUCACCACUCACAUACUUAGGAAAGGUGGCACGUUUGUGGCAAAAAUAUUUAGAGCAAAAGAUGUUUCGCUGUUAUAUUCUCAAUUAAUCAUAUUUUUCCCUUACGUUUAUUGUACAAAGCCUAGUAGUUCGCGAAAUUCAAGUAUAGAAGCGUUUGUGGUGUGUAAAGAUUACUCGCCGCCUGAAGGCUACAAACCUCAUAUGUUGAAUCCCCUCUUAACGCACAAAUCAUGCGAUUUUACCGAUCUUGCAGGAAUUAAUAGAGUUGUUGUUCCCUUUGUUGUCUGCGGUGAUCUCGAUCAGCCUGAUUCCGACACUUGUUAUCCUCUCGACUACGACGGAAAGGAGUAUAAAUACCAAGCACCGGUGCAAAUACCAAUCGCGCCACCAUACGAGGAGGCAUUGUCUUUGCUAGGAAACAGAGACACCGAUUUCAGAAAAUCAGAUGUUAGCGUGGUAAUAGACAAUCUAAACUCAAUGUCUAUCUCUGAUUUUAAGAAGCAAGCAAAAGGAAAGCGUAAAAGAACGAAUGACGGAAAAUUAAUGAAUACAAAUAAUAAUAAUAAUAAUAAUAAUAAUAAUAAUAAUAAGAAGAAAAGUAACGGCGAGGAUAUGUCGGAACUUGCUGAAUCAGUACCCACGGUGUUACCCAAUAACGAAGACCAUAAUAAUAUGUAA